AUGAGGCAUCUACCUCCUCUACCGAGGACGACGCGUACCCCUGGAGGGAGAAUAAAACUGCAUGAAGAAGAAGUCCAAGCUGGCAAGAAUGGUGGCGCCGAAGUACGGCGAAUGGGCCUUAUCCCUAUGCUCCCGAAGUACUAUGCCACAGAAGAUUUAGUAUUGUCAGUAUCUAUAGCCUUCAAGAUUGGUGAAUCAACGGCGAGGAACAUCUUUAAAGAAUUAGCAGACGUUUUAUUUCGAGUCCUUACACCCACAAACCUGCAGAUGCCACAUGAACAUCGGUGGGCAGCAAUAUGCAACGACUUUUUGAGCGAAUGGAAUUUUCCUCAUUGUCCAGGCGCUUUCGAUGGAAAGCAUUUUGAAAUAAAAGCGCCACCGAAUUCAGGAUCUUUAUUUCAUAAUUAUAAGGAAAAAUUUAGCAUUGUUCUAUUAGCCGUAUGCGACGCUAACCCUAUAGGUCAGUCUUUAAGAAGAGGAGAGCUACGUUUACCUCGAGGAACAACUGCACUGCCGGGAAGUGUAGACAGAACACUGCCAAUUUUUCUGGGUGAUGGUGGUUUUCCAAUAUUGCCAAAUAUGAUGGUACCUUAUGGCGGUGAAAAUUUAGACGAGUCCAAACGAAUCUUCAAAUAUCGCCUGUCAACAGCACGAAGAACAAUCGAAAAUGCUUUCGGCAUUUUAACAGCUCGUUGGAGAAUCUUCAGAAGGCCAUCAGAUUUGGAAGUGAACAGUGUCGAUAUGAUAAUUUUGGCGACAAUAUGUCUACACAAUUUCCUACGAAGUAAAGACGAAACCAAAAUCCACCGGUAG